CCAGCUGUGAGGGGCUCCGAGGCCCGGGCAUGGAGCUGCCGGACCCGGUCCGCCAGCGGCUGGGAAACUUCAGCCGGACCGUGUUCAGCGACUCCAACCGGACCGGGCCGGAGUACAGCGAGGGUCCCGCUAGCAAAACAAGUAUGUUCCACCGCAAGUCCGUUUUCUGGCAGAAGAGAUGGAAAGAAGUUUUUUCAAUGAGUCAUUUUGAACCGCUAUCCACUCCAGAGUGGCAGCUGCCACACUAGCAUCGCCUUCGACAAAACUCGCCCUCUUCCCUGCUUUCUCCUUCCCCUUCCCUGUAUGUAACUCUUUCCCUACGUCUGGUAACAAAAUACCGCAACGCUACAUUCAGCAUGACGACAGGUGAUAACGCAGUCACCUUCACCUCCUCGUAAAUCGUGAUGAUGGGCAACAUAGUGUCAACCACUCCCAUGCGGUUUUUAUCACUGAAUUCUGCUGGGAAAUAGAAAUCUUUUCUUCUUGCCUGGUUUAGGGAUUUUUAAAAGAGGGCAGAGAAAAGUAAAGUCAAUUCCCAUAGUUGCGUUUUUUCACCCUGAUUACUUGCCUGUCCCCCACAUGUAGCCCUCUUCAUGAUUUAGGAUGUACAGAGAAAAAGAUAAUGAAGUGGUUUCCAGUUUGGCAUUGCAGAUGUCACUUUAUUUUAACACUUACUUUUUCCCACUUUGGUGGGUGAGCAGUAUUAUGAUGCUUCAGAUGAAGUAUUCAAUCUUGCCUGAUUACUACAAAUUCAUUGUGGUCACUGUUAUCAUCCUAAUAACCUUGAUUGAAGCUAUCCGGUUGUAUCUGGGCUACAUGGGGAACCUGCAGGAGAAGGUUCCUGAGUUGGCUGGCUUUUGGCUUUUGAGCCUUCUAUUGCAGUUGCCUUUAAUUCUUUUCUUGCUCUUUAAUGAAGGCCUAAUGAAUCUGCCCUUGGAAAAAGCGAUACACAUCAUCUUCAGUAUGUUCCUUACUUUCCAAGUUGUUUCAGCAUUUCUUACCCUGAGAAAAAUGGUAAAUCAGCUGGCAACUCGUUUCCACCUUCAAGACUUUGACCAGCUCUCUACAAAUAGAGGAGGCAUGAGAAGAAUGAGAUCCUGUAUAGAAGAGAUUUGACCCAGUGCUGUUGAGUGAAAAUCUGAAAGAUCAUUCUAGAAGACUAUAAGAGUUAGGAAAAUGUCAGAGAUCUAGCAUGAGAAAAAGGACAAAGCAAGUGUUGUGUUUUUUCCGCCGAGGAAGAUUUUCCCUAGGCUAACAUCUGUUGCCAACCUUCCUCUUUUUUUUUUCUUUUUUUUUUUUUCGGUUGAGGAAGACCAGCCCUCAGCUAACGUCUGUGCCAGUCUUCCUCUAUUUUGUAUGUGGGUCACUGCCACAGCAUGGCUGACAAGCAGCGCAGGUCCACACCCAGGAUCCAAACCCACAAACCUGGGCUGCCGAAGCGGAGUGCAUGAACUUAACCACUACCCCAUGGGCUGGCCCCCAAAGCAAAUGGUUUGAAUUAUAUAUACUCUCUAGCUCUGAAACACCAAAGUUGGGGGCAAUAAGACUACUUGUACAGUCCAUGAAAGCAGUAAGUCAACCCUAAAGCCUAGAUAUUGUCCACCUGAUGCCAAAUAUCUUAAUUUUGUUGUUGCUGUUGACUUUUUCAGGUGUGUAGAAAUCUGUAUUGGUGGUCGCAGUUUACCAGAUAUACUGUGAUAUUUCUAGUUAGCACCUUUAACUAGAAAUGUGAAUAUUUCUUUUAAACUUGUUGGCUAUCCAUAUGUUGGCAGUACAUCUGAAGCAUAUGGAAAUGUUUGUCAAUAUUCUGGUGUAUUAGACUAUAUUUAUAAACCGAGACACCAAAUUUUCAUUCUGCUAGGGUUAAAUUCUAACCCUAGUCUUAGCUAUUAUAGUGAGGUUAACAAGAAAGCAGGUGGGUUAUCAUGGUGUUUAGGAUAUAUUUUUAUCAUAAAAUUGUAAGUUUCAUGAAACUAUGUUCAGUAUUUAUGGUAGUGGUGUAUAAAAUGUCUUUAUAAUAAAUUAUAAAAUAUGUUAAAGUA